AACCGCCCGACUAGCAUGGUGCGGCGGCCGCGCGCGCCGACAUGGGGGAGAAGCUGGAGCUGAGGCUCAAGUCGCCCGUGGGGGCCGAGCCCGCCGUCUACCCGUGGCCGCUGCCGGUCUACGACAAACACCACGAUGCUGCUCAUGAAAUCAUCGAGACCAUCAGAUGGGUCUGUGAGGAAAUCCCGGAUCUCAAGCUCGCUAUGGAGAAUUACGUUUUAAUUGACUACGAUACCAAAAGCUUUGAGAGUAUGCAGAGGCUCUGUGACAAGUACAACCGGGCCAUCGACAGCAUCCACCAGCUGUGGAAGGGCACCACACAGCCCAUGAAGCUGAACACACGGCCGUCCACUGGGCUCCUGCGGCACAUCCUGCAGCAGGUCUACAACCACUCGGUGACCGACCCUGAGAAGCUCAACAACUAUGAGCCCUUCUCCCCAGAGGUGUAUGGGGAGACCUCCUUCGACCUGGUCGCCCAGAUGAUCGAUGAGAUCAAGAUGACCGAAGAUGACCUGUUCGUGGACCUGGGCAGUGGGGUGGGCCAGGUCGUGCUGCAGGUUGCCGCAGCCACCAACUGCAAACAUCAUUAUGGUGUAGAGAAAGCUGACAUCCCAGCCAAGUACGCGGAGACGAUGGACCGAGAGUUCAGGAAGUGGAUGAAAUGGUAUGGAAAAAAGCAUGCAGAAUACACACUGGAGAGGGGGGACUUCCUCUCAGAGGAGUGGAGAGAACGGAUUGCUAACACAAGUGUUGUAUUUGUGAAUAACUUUGCCUUUGGUCCUGAGGUGGAUCACCAGCUGAAGGAGCGGUUUGCAAACAUGAAGGAAGGUGGCAGAAUCGUGUCCUCGAAGCCCUUUGCGCCUCUGAACUUCAGAAUAAACAGUAGAAACUUGAGUGACAUCGGCACCAUCAUGCGCGUCGUGGAGCUGUCGCCGCUAAAAGGCUCGGUGUCAUGGACGGGGAAGCCAGUCUCCUACUACCUGCACACCAUCGACCGCACCAUACUUGAAAACUAUUUUUCUAGUCUAAAAAAUCCAAAACUCAGGGAGGAACAAGAGGCAGCUCGGCGCCGGCAGCAGCGGGAGAACAAGAGCAGCACAGCCACACCCACCAAGGUGCCCGAGAGCAAGGCAGCUGUGCCGGCAGACACCCCCGUGGACUCCGGUGCUGAGGAGGAGAAAGCUGGGCCGGCCGCUGUCAAGAAGCCAUCUCCCUCCAAGGCCCGGAAGAAGAAGCUGAACAAGAAGGGCCGGAAGAUGGUCGGUCGGAAGCGUGGGCGCCCCAAGAAGAUGAGUGCCACCAACCCCGAGCGCAAGCCCAAGAAGACCCAGAGCGCCCUGGACCUGCUGCACGCCCAGACCGUGUCACGAGCGGCCUCCCCCUUGCCGCAGGACGCGCACAGGCCACCUCACAGCCCAUUCUACCAGCUACCUCCCAGCGUGCAGCGGCCUACCCCUGAGCAGCUGCUGCUGGCACCCACCCCGCCCGCGCUGCACAGGCUGCUAGAGUCCUUCAGGAUUCAGUAUCUACAGUUCCUGGCAUACACGAAGACCCCUCAGUACAAGGCCACCCUGCAGCAGCUGCUGGACCAGGAGAAGGAGAAGAAUGCCCGGUUGCUAGGCGCAGCGCAGCAGCUGUUUGGCCACUGCCAAGCUCAGAAGGAGGAGAGCAAGAGGCUCUUCCAGCAGAAACUGGACGAGCUGGGAGUGAAGGCGCUGACCUACAACGACCUGAUCCAAGCGCAGAAGGAGAUCUCGGCUCACAACCAGCAGUUGAGGGAACAGACGGAGCAGCUAGAGAAGGGCAACCGGGAGCUGAGGAGCCAGAGCCUGCGGCUGCUCAAGGCACGGUGUGAGGAGCUGAAGCUGGACUGGUCCACGCUGUCCCUGGAGAAUCUGCUGAAGGAGAAGCAGGCCCUGAAGAGCCAGAUCUCAGAGAAGCAGAGGCACUGCCUGGAACUGCAGAUCAGCAUCGUGGAGCUGGAGAAGAGCCAGCGGCAGCAGGAGUUGCUCCAGCUCAAGUCCUGCGUGCCGCCUGAUGAGGCACUGGCCCUGCAGCUUCGUGGGAAGCCAGAGGCCGAGCCUGGCCGGCUUCACUUGGAGCUGGACUGCGCCCGCUUCUCCCUGCCGCCCUUCAGCAGCUUGAGCCCCGAGCUCUCCAUGAAUGGCCAUGCGGCCGGCUAUGAGCUCUGCAGCGCACUGGGUCGGCCCUCACCCAAGCAGAACACCCCCCAGUACCUGGCCUCUCCGCUAGACCAGGAGGUCGUGCCCUGCACCCCUAGCCACAGCGGCCGGCCACGGCUGGAGAAGCUAUCCGGCCUGGCCCUGCCUGACUAUACCAGGCUAUCCCCUGCCAAGCUGGUGCUGCGGCGCCACCUGAGCCAGGACCAUGCGGCCAGUGGCAAGGCAGCUGCCAGCGAGCUGCACCCACGAGCCGAGCAUGCCAAGGAGAACGGGCUCCCUUACCAGAGCCCUGGCAUCACCAACGGCAUCAAGCUGAGCCCACAAGACCCCCGACCUUCAUCCCCCACGGCUUUACAGAUGGGAGAGAAGGGCCCUGAGAAGGGUGUGAAGGAGCGUGCCUACGCCAGCAGUGGGGAGGCCAUCACCAGCCUGCCCGUCAGCAUCCCGCUGAGCACCGUGCAGCCCAGCAAGCUGCCCGUCAGCAUCCCCCUGGCCAGCGUGGUGCUGCCCAGCCGCGCCGAGAAGGCGAGAAGCACACCCAGCCCUGGGCCACCGGCCCGAGAGUCCUCGUCUACGCUGGAGAAGCAGGUGGCUGCUAACACCCAUGGUGCCGGGGGCAACACUGCUGGGAGCAAGAGCCUCGCCCUGGCUCCCACAGGCUUUGCAUACAGCGGCUCGGUGGCCAUCAGUGGGGCCCUGGCAGGCAGCCCAGCACCCCUUGGCCCUGGAGCUGAGCCCCCGGCCCUGGACGAGUCCUCCAGCUCUGGAAGCCUCUUUGCCACUGUGGGGUCCUGCAGCUCCACCCCGCAGCACCCACCCCUGCUGACGCAGCCACGCACCUGCGGCUCAGCCUCGCCGGCCCCCCAGCUCUGUGCCAGCCCCCGGCUAGGCGCCCUGGGCCCGCUCCCCGACUCUGGCAAAGGGGACCUGCCCUGCGAUGCCAGCUUCUCAGACCCUGAGAGCGAAGCCAAAAGGAGGAUCGUCUUCACCAUCUCGGCGGGUGCCAGCAGCGCCAAGCAGUCACCUUCCAGCAAACACAGCCCUCUGCCCUCGGGUGCCCGCGGGGAUGGUGGCCAGGGCCAUGGGCCAGACAGCCGCAAGCGGGGCCGGAGGAAGCGGGCAUCGGCGGGGACCCCCAGCCUGAGCUCGAGUGUGUCCCCCAAGCGCCGGGCCUUGCCAUCUGUUGCUGGGCUUUUCACGCAGUCUUCAGGGUCCCCCCUGAAUCUCAACUCCAUGGUCAGCAACAUCAACCAGCCCCUGGAGAUCACGGCCAUCUCGUCCCCUGAGAGCUCCCUAAAGAGCUCACCCGUCCCCUACCAGGACAAUGACCAACCACCUGUGCUCAAGAAGGAGAAGCCCCUGAGCCAGACCAAUGGUGCCCACUACUCCCCACUGACCUCGGACGAGGAGCCAGGCUCUGAGGAUGAGCCCGGCAGUGCCAGAAUUGAGAGAAAAAUUGCAACAAUCUCCUUAGAAAGCAAGUCUCCACCAAAAACCUUGGAAAAUGCAGGUGGCAGCCUAGCAGGAAGGAAGGCACCGCUGGCCAGCGAGCCAGUCAACAGCAGCAAGUGGAAGUCCACCUUCUCACCCAUCUCCGACCUGGGCCUGGCCAAGGCAGCUGACAGCCCGCUGCAGGCUGCCUCCGCUCUGAGCCACAACUCCCUGUUCGCUUUCCGGCCCGGCCUGGAGGAGCCCAGUACAGCCGAUGGCAAGCUGGCCACCCACUCCAGGAAGAGCUUCCCAGGCACCCUGCCGGGGGCGGGCGGGCUGAGCCCCAAUAGCCUUCCUGCCAGUGGCUUCGCCCUGGGCGGGGGCCUAGCAGCUGACCUCAGUUUACACAGCUUCAGUGAUGGUGCUUCUCUCUCCCACAAGGCCCCCGAGGCAGCUGGCCUGGGUGCCCCCCUGAGCUUCCCCGGCCCACGGGGCAAGGAGGGUGGCGCUGCAGAGUCUGGCCCCUUCGCGAACAAGCGGCAGCUGGACGGACUGGGCCCAAAAGGCGAGGGGGGCCUUCCCACAUGCGGACCCCUGGACAAGGCCUCCACAGCGCACAGCAAGGCAGGCAAGGGCCGUGAGCGCGAGCCCGAUGUCAAGAACGGCCACAACCUGUUCAUGGCUGCCGCCGCCGCGCCCCCUGCAGGCCUCCUCAGCGGCCCAGGUCUUGCCCCAGCGGCAUCCUCGGCAGGUGGCACAGCCCCGUCCGUGCAGACCCACCGCCCCUUCCUGGGCGCCUUCGCCCCUGGGCCACAGUUCGCGCUGGGCCCCAUGUCGCUACAGGCCAACCUGGGCCCGUCUGUGCUGCAGUCCCUGUUCAGUUCUGUGCCCGCCGCCGGCCUGGUUCACGUCUCGACCGCCGCCACCAGAUUGACCAACUCGCACGCCAUGGGCAGCUUCUCCUCCGGGGUGGCCGGCGGCGCAGUUGGAGGUUCCCUUCCAGGGCCCCCUGAGGGGGGAGAGGCUGUGCCCGCGUGUCCCUUUGGGUCCACUUUGCGCCCGCCACCUCGUUCCUUUUCACGAAACGCAGCCGUGACGGUCGUGUGGGCAGAGCACUCGGGCGUAACUAGGAUUUCUACCUCAACCGCGAGACUAUGCAAGGGUGGGCUGGGCCGGCGGCGCGGGGCCCCCCAUGGGACGUCGAGGACGGACGGAGGCCGGAGAACAGGCUCUACUGUGAAUCAGCACCGCGCAGACCUGCGGAGACGGCUCGCUGGGGCCCAGCUCCAGCCUGUACUGUCCUUAGUUUUAGAUAAAGUAUUUAUCGUUUUUUAAAAAGUAUAAACAACUUUGACUUAUUUUAUUCCACCGAAGCCGUAAAGGCAACCUAUUGAGAGAUGUAGAUACUAUAUGUGAAAGGAUCUAUGUAAAAGACGUCCAUCUGCCCGAGGACUGGCCGCCACGGGGACCGCCAGCUGCCCGGUGCUAUCUCGUCGCAGGCCGGCCUCCACGCUCUUGGUGCUGACUCUCGGGGUUGACCAACGCCGACGCCAGGCCCCGUGCCUGCCCUGUUUAUCUAACGCUCUUCCUAUACCAAAGGCCCCAGCUCCGGGUGGAGGCCCGCCCCACCUUGCACUGUGAAUGGCCUCGCUCGGCCCCUGGGUCUGCAUCACGCCUUUGGCAUAGGAAUGGUGGCCGCACGGCCAGGCUGCAGCAGGGUGCCUCGAGGAGGAGGGGACCCGUUUGAGUGGUGCUCGCGAGGAGGGUCUGGAACCCGCCGUGUGACAAGUGCAUUUACUUUUGUACGUCUCUGCUCGUCUGGGCCCGCGCCACGGCUGCCAAGGGAGGGUCAGCGCCAGUGGUGGCUGGGGACGCGGGUGGUUAGUCGUGGGUGCCUGGUGUGUCUACAGGGGAGUCACGCUGACGGGUGACAGUAUUUUAUAGAGAUGUGAUGAAAAUUUAUAAAUUUCAUAGACUUGA